UACCCAAUCAGUGGAGGUGGAUGGGAGGAGCCGCUUGAAAGUUCCUGUAACUUGCCCCUGCUUGGAGAGAGGAGGGUUUGUGAGAGGAGUCCAGCGCUGGCUGUGAAAGGCUCGGUCAGAGAGAGAGAGAGGGACCUGACUGAUGGGACAGAGCUCUCCCUGAGGGAGAUGGACAGCUCAGUGAAUGUGCAGCUUUCCAGAGGCCGAGCCGACGACCGGGAGGAUGAACUAUCUGAACUCGAUUGGUACCACUACGAUCUCUCUCGACACGCUGCUGAGGCCAUUCUCCUUUCCAAUGGGAAGGAUGGGAGUUACCUUCUGAGAAAGAGUCAUGAUGGGCUGACGUUCUAUGCAUUGUCAGUGAGAGGCAAAGACUCAGUCAAACAUUUCCAGAUUGAAUGGACCGAAGGUUCUAUUAAAUUCGGGUUUAAUGAGUUUCGUUCAUUGUCGGAUUUCGUCAACCAUUUUGCUAAUCAGCCACUGAUCGGAAGUGAGACAGGGACCCUUCUUAUACUUAAGAAACCAUAUCCUCGAAAGGUAGAAGAGCCUUCCAUAUACGAGUCUGUGCGGGUCCACACAGCCAUGCAGACCGGCCGGACAGAAAGUGAUCUCGUUUCUGAAGCACCUUCACUGGGCACCAAGGAAGGGUACCUUAUUAAGCAAGGAGGCAGAGUAAAGAGCUGGAAAACAAGGUGGUUUAUUCUACAUAGAAAUGAAUUGAAAUACUUCAAAGAUAAAAUGUCGACAGAACCAAUUAAAACUCUGGAUCUAACAGAAUGUACUGGGGUUCAGUUUGACUACUCUCAAGAAAGGAUCAAUUGUUUCUGUUUGGUAUUCCCUGAAAGAACGUAUUAUAUGUGUACAAAGACAGGAGUUGAAGCUGAUGAAUGGAUCAAAUUGAUACGAUGGAAAUUGACUCAAUUGAAGAAAGCAGCAAAAUCAUAAUUUGUCAUCUAUGCCAUAAGAGACCCAGCUUUUGAUGAAAAAAUUGCCAUCUCUACAAACUGACGGAUUUGGAAGUUCAUUUAUUUCACUUUAGUUUCCCUUCUUUAAUCUUUUGAAAUCAGAGCAUAGCACGCAGAUUUGAUACCAGUUUAAUAAAGCCAUAAAAGCAAAGCACUCAGACCAUUUCUCCAGGAAUGGAACUCAAUGACCAGAGUUAUACAGUAUUGCACUCUCUGGAUAAAGAAUGAUUCUAAAGAGACUCCUCUAUAUCAAAUGACUAAAGUUUGGGACUUUCUCUCCAACAGAAGACUGCAGGAGAACUUUGUUAUAAACACUUAAAA